GCAGUCAUACAAAAUACACAGAAGAAGACGAAGAGCCUGAAACGAAAGAUUCUUUCGACUGUAUAAACUUCUGCAGCUCAACAUACGCAAAAUGACUUGUUUUAUGAAUUUCUUAACGUUUAUUUUGAAGGUAGUAACUUUGCCACUACAAUUAAUGGAAGUGGUUGGCAUAUAUGGCAUCUACAAGCGUUUCUUUCCAUUUCUAAUUUACAAGAUGUCUUUCACCUACAACAAGAAAAUGAACGACAAAAAGAAGGAUCUUUUCAGCAACCUCUCAGAGUUCACCAAAGGCAAUGGCCCGCUUCGCAUUUUGGAGAUCGGUUGCGGAAGCGGGGCUAAUUUUGAAUUCUACCCGUCUGGUUGCAAGGUGGUUUGCACCGACCCCAAUCCUCACUUCGAGAAGUAUCUACAAAAAAGUCUGGCUGUCAAUGAUCACCUAACAUUUGAAAGAUUUGUGGUCGCUUCCGGAGAGGACAUGGGGGCAGUGAAAGAUGACUCUGUGGACGUUGUCGUCAGCACGCUGGUGCUGUGUUCUGUCAACGACAUACCGCGAACAUUGCAGGAGGCGCAUCGCAUAUUGAGGCCUGGUGGUGCUCUGUACUUUUUAGAGCAUGUAGUGGCAGACCCAUCCUCUUGGACAUACUUCUUCCAGCACGUCCUCCAGCCGAUAUGGUACUACUUUGGGGAUGGAUGUGAAGUAGUCAGGGCGACAUGGAAACAUCUGGAGACUGCUGGGUUCUCCGAGCUCAAACUGAGGCACAUCGAGGCACCACUCAACUUCAUGAUCAAACCACAUAUUAUAGGCUAUGCUGUCAAGUAAAGUUUGACAACAAAAAAAUCUAAAAAGCACUUGCACAUCUGAGUUAUCUCGUUGCAAGUGUGUGGGGAAUAAUGUGAUGACGGUUUAAAGAAAAAAUAAACCCGCACAGUGCUCUUGCUUGUAUCACUUGUUCCUAUGCAGGCUUUAAUAUAAUAUGUCAUAAGCAAGAGUGUGGGUUUCUCUUUUCUUUACAGUAAUGUUUGAUAAAAAUCUCUGGUCUUAGGCCUAUCCCAGCAACUGUUUAAAAAUAAUUGUUGACACUUAUGUAUUCAGUGUAAUUUUAUAACCCAUAUUUUACCAGGUAAGUUGACUCAGAACACAUUAUUAUUUAACUUGGGGAAUAGCUAUUGGGGAUUAAUGAGCCAAUUGGAAGCUAGGUAUGAUUAGAUGGCCAUGACAGUCAGAUUGGUAAUUUAGCCAGGACACUGGGGUUAACAUCACUGCUCUUACAAUAAGUGCCAUGGGAGUCAGGACACCUGUUUAACGUCCCAUCCAAAAGACCGCACCCUACACAGGGCAAUGUCCGUAAUCGCUGCCCUGGAAAUUUUUAUUGACCAGAGGAUAGAGUGCCUACUACUGGCCCUCCAACACCACUUCCAGCAGCAACUGGUCUCCCAUCCAGGGAAUGACCAGUCCAACCCUGCUUAGCUUCAGAGGAAAGCCAGCAGCAUACCACUAAGUGUUAUUUUGGUUUUGUGCACUUUUCUUAAAAAGAGUUAUUCAAAAAAAGUACUUAAAAUGGCAUAUACAGGGAGUGUGUAUUAAUCUGAAGAGAUCACCUCUGUGUAACCAAAUGGGGCAACAAGCUGUUUUUUCUUUAGGGAGAGUGGAGGCUCAGAAUGCUAGGAGAAGAGGACCGCUGUCAUCUAGUGGAUAUAAACUCUAACCAAUAGGCCACCACCUGAUCAGAUAAACUCUGGGUCUGAGACAUGUUCCAUAGAGAGAAUCUCAAUUGGAUACUCAAGUCCUCCUCUCUACCUUCUCAAAAUCCAUUGGAUGAGAAAGCUAGAUGUCCCGCCACUCAAACCUUCUCCUCCAACAGGUUUUGAGGAGAGGGAGAAAGGAUGUGAGGAGUAUGCAAUUCUCCCAUAGUUUAGUUUUGGCAUUUCCUCAAUUCCUGCUGGCAUUACAGUGCUUUCAUAAAGUAUUCACGCCCCUUGACUUUUUCCACAUUUUGUUGUGUUUGAGUCUGAAUUUAAAAUGGAUUAACUUGAGAUUUUGUGCCACUGGCCUACACAUAAUACCCCAUAAUGUCAAAGUGGAAUUGUUUUUUGAAAUUUGUUCACAUUCAUUCAAAAUGAAAAGCUGAAAUGUCUUGAGUCAAUAAGUAGAAUAUAAAAGAAGACACUGAAUAUCCCUUU